CCGCACCUCUUUAGGUAAAGUGGCUUGCAAUUUCUCUAUACAAACAUGUCAUAAAAUAGUCAUUGCCGUCGUUUUUAUAAUUAACUCUAUGAUAGCUUUUUCUUUUCAAUUCGAAAUCUGAGCUGAAUUCACUGUCAUCUAUAUCCGCUUUUUUUACUUUUACUUUUUUUUUCUUUUAGAUGUUUGUUCUUGUGGAUAUGGGAGUCGGUCUUGAUAGAACACCAGGUGUUCGAUAAAAUUCCUCUGAAAGCUCUUCUUGCUUACGCUUAGCUGAAAGAAAGUUGAUCCAGGAGUGAGUGAGAGCAAUGUUGCCACCAAGGUUGAAGAAGGCCAUCACAGAUAACCCAAAGAAGCUGGCCAACUUGAUUGACCUCGUAAAUCUUCCUUCGACGCUGCGGGAGUUCGUGGGUCAGUCUCAGAUUUCUCAUCUUGGAUGCUUCAUGCGUGUCUGGUCAUACAUCAAGGACAACAAUUUACAGGAUCCAAACAACAAGAAUGUGGUCAAAUGUGAUGAAAAGUUGAAGGGUAUUCUGUUGGGCAAGCCUCAGGUUGAGUUAUGUGAGCUUCCUGCGCUGAUCAAGCUCCACUUCCCCAAAGAGCAGAAGUGAUUUUUCAGUUCAGGUUGAGGUGCAUAUUUCCCCCCACAGUAAUCUUUUUCCUGAGAAGCAUUUCUACAACUCUAGGUACUUGAUGUUGUCAGAAACUAUAUCAUGAGUAAUUGUAGUCUCAGUCAGCAGUUUUUAUGUUGUGUUCUAUUUCAAGUCCAACCCCUUUUACUUGCUGUUCAAUAUGAUAUUGUAAGAUCUUCACGGUAGUUUCAAAAGGUAAUGUGAUUUUUCUUUAAAUCA